CUCUGGUUACUUGUGGAGCUUGUGCGCCCCGGGCGGACUCCGGGCGCUGAGUGGAGACGGGCUUGUCUGUGUGCCCGGAGGCUCUGGAGAGGGAGGAGCAGGAGCGCGGGGCUUGCAGUGGCCGGGACGGGGCGACCCGACCACCGGAGCAGAGCUCGGAGGGGACGCCAGGGACGGAGGGUGCCGCGGGCCUGCAGGCCUGUUUGGCAGCCUCGACUGGAUGACCUGGAACUGAGAAACCCAGUGUUUAAUUUUAUUACUAUGCCUUUGGAGAUGGAGCCCAAAAUGAGCAAACUGGCCUUUGGGUGUCAGAGAAGUUCCACAUCUGAUGAUGACUCUGGCUGCGCCCUUGAGGAAUAUGCCUGGGUACCCCCAGGCCUCAGACCCGAGCAGAUCCAGCUCUACUUUGCAUGCUUGCCAGAGGAAAAGGUUCCCUAUGUUAACAGCCCUGGAGAGAAACACCGGAUUAAACAGCUUUUAUACCAGUUGCCACCACAUGAUAAUGAGGUGCGGUACUGCCAGUCAUUGACUGAAGAGGAGAAGAAAGAACUGCAGGUGUUCAGUGCUCAGCGAAAGAAGGAAGCACUUGGAAGGGGAACGAUUAAACUUUUGUCCAGGGCAGUGAUGCACACCAUGUGUGAGCAGUGUGGAAUGAAGAUAAAUGGAGGGGAGGUCGCAGUGUUCGCCUCCCGGGCUGGCCCUGGUGUAUGCUGGCACCCAUCCUGCUUUGUCUGCUUCACGUGUAACGAGCUGCUAGUCGACCUCAUCUAUUUUUAUCAGGAUGGAAAAAUUCACUGUGGCAGGCACCAUGCAGAACUGCUCAAGCCCCGGUGCUCGGCAUGUGAUGAGAUUAUUUUUGCCGAUGAGUGCACAGAAGCGGAGGGUCGCCACUGGCACAUGAAACACUUCUGCUGCCUUGAGUGUGAGACGGCCCUGGGAGGGCAGAGGUACAUCAUGAAGGAUGGGCGCCCCUUCUGCUGUGGCUGUUUCGAGUCUCUCUAUGCCGAAUACUGUGAGACCUGUGGGGAGCAUAUUGGUGUGGACCACGCUCAGAUGACCUACGAUGGGCAGCACUGGCACGCCACAGAAGCAUGCUUCUCCUGUGCCCAGUGUAAGGCCUCUUUGCUGGGAUGCCCAUUCCUUCCCAAACAAGGUCAGAUCUAUUGCUCCAAAACCUGCAGCCUUGGAGAAGAUAUCCACGCCUCUGACUCUUCUGACUCUGCGUUCCAGUCAGCACGCUCCAGAGACUCCAGAAGAAGCGUCCGCAUGGGCAAGAGCAGCAGGUCAGCAGAUCAGUGCCGGCAGUCUCUGCUCCUGUCCCCUGCUCUCAACUAUAAGUUUCCUGGCCUCUCAGGCAGUGCGGAUGACACCCUGUCUCGGAAGCUGGAUGAUCUGAGUCUCUCCAGACAAGGGGCCAGCUUUGCCAAUGAGGAGUUUUGGAAAGGCAGAGUUGAUGAAGCCUCUGAAGAGCCUGAAGAAUGGGCUGAGCAUGAAGAUUAUAUGACACAGCUCCUCCUCAAGUUCGGAGAUAAAAGCCUCUUUCAGCCACAGCCCAGUGAGAUGGACAUUAGAGCUGGUGAGCAUUGGAUAUCUGAUAACAUGGUUAAAAACACACCUGAGUUAAAGCAAAACCACCAGAGCCUUGCAAGUAAAAAAUACCAAUCUGAUAUGUAUUGGGCUCAGUCACAAGAUGGGCUGGGUGAUUCCGCUUACGGCAGCCACCCAGGUCCCGCAAGUAGUAGGAGGCUACAGGAACUGGAUCUGGACCAUGGUGCUUCGGGAUAUAAUCAUGACCAAACACAGUGGUAUGAAGAUUCCCUAGAGUGCUUGUCAGACUUGAAACCAGAACAAAGUGUUCGAGAUUCUAUGGAUUCUCUGGCUUUGUCUAAUAUCACAGGGGCUUCCGUUGAUGGAGAAAGCAAGCCAAGACCAUCAUUAUAUUCUCUACAAAAUUUUGAGGAGAUAGAAGCAGAAGAUUGUGAGAAAAUGAGCAAUAUGGGAACUCUGAAUUCAUCUAUGCUGCACAGGAGUGCAGAGUCCCUAAAAAGUCUAAGUUCAGAGUUAUGUCCAGAAAAAAUCAUGCCUGAAGAAAAACCAGUACAUCUGCCAGUACUCAGAAGAUCCAAGUCUCAAUCUAGACCCCAGCAGGUCAAGUUUUCAGACGAUGUCAUUGACAACGGAAGCUAUGACAACAUCGAAAUUCGGCAGCCUCCAAUGAGUGAAAGGACACGGAGACGAGUCUACCAUUUUGAAGAGAGGGGGUCUAGGGCUCACCAUCAUCGCCGCAGGAGAAGUAGAAAGUCCCGUUCUGACAAUGCCCUCAAUCUUGUCACAGAACGAAAAUACUCUCCAAAAGACAGACUGAGACUUUACACCCCUGACAACUAUGAAAAAUUUAUACAAAGUAAAAGUGCCCGGGAGAUCCAAGCAUACAUCCAGAACAGUGAUCUCUACGGCCAGUAUGCCCAUGCCACAUCUGACUAUGCGCUGCAGAACCCCGGCAUGAACAGGUUUCUGGGACUCUACGGUGAGGAUGACGACUCCUGGUGUUCUUCAUCCUCGUCCUCCUCAUCUGACUCAGAAGAAGAAGGGUAUUUUCUUGGGCAACCAAUCCCUCAGCCCAGACCUCAGAGAUUUGCCUACUACUCAGACGACCUUUCUAGUCCAACUUCUGCACUCCCCACCCCUCAGUUUGGUCAGAGGACAACUAAAUCCAAGAAGAAAAAAGGACACAAAGGCAAAAACUGUAUUAUUUCUUAACCAAGUAGCUAUGGAGAGCAUUUGUUUAAGCUUAGCCAUUAACCAUCAGAAUAUUUCUUUCUUCCAUAGGCAAGUUGCUAAGAUAGUUUAAAGUGCUUUCUUUGCCCAUGUAAACGAGGACCCUACUGCUGUUUACAGUCUCAGAUUAACAUAUGAAAGGUGUGAUUUCUCUGGUUUACCCUGGGGAGGGGUGUGCCAGGUUAGGGUGACAUCUUGUGCCUGUGGCAAGUGUGUUAACAGUUUCAUCUAGCUGCUCAAUCUCCAAGAAACUGACAUGAGGUGAUUGGACAGGACUGUCCAUUUUAGGAGAUGGAGAUAUUCCAGCCACCUUUGACACAAUAGUGUUUGUCAUGUAAGUCGGGUUGGCUCAGGUCCUGAUCGGUCUGUCUUGUGAGGCAUGCACAUCGUCAUGAUGACCUAGCCAACACUGUGCAUUCUAUUGUGUGAGGCCAACUUGUUCCCCAUUGGCCCCCAUUAGCCAGGUAAUCAUUGUAUUAGCUUCAGCUACAGAUAGGAAAAAAUUGCUAUUUAUAAUGUAGUAUUUCAUAGACUUAAGUGUAUUCCUAAUUUAACGGUGCAAAUAUUAAUGUACAUACUGUACAGUUCAGAUUUUAAAGCUGAUAUUUUUAUAUCCCUGAAUUGCAAGAUGUUUGUUACACUGCAGUGCUAGACUUGCUAGGGAACCAGAAACAGCAUUUAUGGAUGAAAUGAUUGCUUGUGGUUUAGUCAGGGCUUAUUAAGUUUAGACAGUCAAAUUUAUAUUGCCUAGUGAUGGAAAGUUAAAACUCAAAAAAAUUUUUCAAUAUUAAAAAAAGGCUCUGUAUGCAUGGUGGGGCUAUGUAAAUACUCUUAAAAUUAUGGCCCUAUUUUACAAGUGUUAUUUAUGGGUCAAGCAGUGUUAACUACAUAAAUGUACAAACACCACCACCAUCACCACCCCAUGCCCCUGGAAUAUAUGGUAAAAACACAUAAUUGUCUGGGUGGAUGUGUUUUCUCUCAGCUCUAAAAAUACAAGGAUCAGCUUGUUGUGGCAGAAGUCUUUGUAGAUUUGAAGUGGGGUUAUUCCUUUUUACCCAACAGUUAAAUCUGUUGGCCUUUAAAAGCAAUUUUCAAAACUAGGUUUUCUGGGUUUUUUCCUUUUCAUAUCUUUUAAUUAGUGGAUGCUGUGUCACUAAGUAUUUCAAGUUCCUAUGAGGGUCUAGUUCAAGGGAAAAUUAUGUUGAACUAAUGAGCAGAUAUUUUAAUAUGUGCCAUUCUUGCAUAUGUGUCUCAAUCCUAACUAAAGAUCCUGGUGGCAUCUGGGACCUUUUAGGGAGGUAUUUAAUAAAUGCUUAAUAACAAACUA